ACUUCCGGCCUCGAGGAGGAUGGGGGGGAGGAGGAGGAGGAAAAGGAGUAACAAUAUCACCAUCACAAAGUGCUGAGUGAGUGAGUGGGAACUUUUCUCUAACUUUCUGCCCACCCACCAGGACGCGACCAUGUGCUUGUCUGAACAUUGAGUUAUUCAGCAUCGUCUCGGUAGUAGGAGGCUGAUUCCGCUGCAGGCACCUUCCUCCUUGACCGGACUGCACAGGAAACAAGAUAUGGAGGGGUCAAAGUCUUCAAGCUCCACCAUGCAAGUAAGCUUUGUGUGCCAGCGCUGUAGUCAACCCCUAAAGCUGGAUACAUCCUUCAAUGUCUUGGAUAGAGUGACAAUUCAGGAACUUACAGCUCCUUUAGUUACAGUUACUCCUGUAAAACCAGAAGAAGGCAGGGUGGAAAACAGCAGCUUACCAGAGGAAACUUGUUUAGAAAACAGGCCAGAUGGUGUGUCAAGGAAAUACAUUCCGCCUGCUCGGAUGUUGUCCACAGAGAGUGCUAAUAGCUUUACUCUAAUUGGAGAAGCUUCUGAUGGUGGCACAAUGGAAAACCUAAGCCGAAGGCUCAAGGUGACCAGUGAUCUGUUUGACAUUAUGUCUGGACAGACAGAUGUGGACCAUCCUCUGUGUGAGGAAUGUACAGAUACAUUGCUUGAUCAGUUGGACCAGCAACUGAAUGUCACAGAAAAUGAAUGUCAGAAUUACAAGAACUGUUUAGAGAUACUUGAACAAAUGAAUGAGGAAGAUGAAGAGAAACUACUGGAAGAGCUAAAAGCACUUAAUUCCAAAGAGGACUGUUUAAUCCAGGAACUUGAAAAUGUGGAAGUGAAACGGAAGGAGGUAGCGGAUGAUUUGGCUGAGGUUAGGGCAGAGACAGAUAGGCUCAAUCAAGAAGAAGCCCAGUACCAGAGGGAGUACUCUGAAUUCAAAAGACAGCAACUGGAGCUUGAUGAUGAGUUAACGAGUGUCGGCAAUCAAAUGCGAUAUGCUCAGAUCCAGCUUGACAAACUCAAGAAAACCAAUGUUUUUAAUGCUACGUUCCACAUAUGGCACAGUGGACAGUUUGGCACCAUUAAUAACUUCAGACUGGGGCGUCUACCUAGUGUUCCUGUGGAGUGGAAUGAAAUUAAUGCAGCUUGGGGACAGACUGUGCUACUACUGCACUCACUGGCCAACAAGAUGGAACUCCGAUUUCAAAGGUAUCGUCUUGUCCCUUAUGGAAAUCACUCAUACUUGGAAUCACUUACAGACAGAGCCAAGGAGCUGCCCUUGUACUGUUCUGGUGGAUUGCGAUUCUUCUGGGAUAACAAAUUUGAUCAUGCUAUGGUGGCUUUUCUGGAUUGUGUUCAACAAUUUAAAGAAGAGGUAGAAAGAGGUGAUACUGGCUUCUGCUUACCAUACAGAAUGGAUGUGGAAAAGGGAAAGAUUGAAGACACAGGAGGAAGUGGAGGAUCUUAUUCCAUAAAAACUCAAUUCAACUCCGAGGAACAGUGGACAAAGGCACUCAAGUUCAUGCUUACAAAUUUGAAAUGGGGGCUGGCUUGGGUAUCUUCUCAAUUCUACAAUAGUGGUUGGCCAGUACCUCAGAAAUUUGAAAACCAGCAUUACAUGAUCGGUUAUGAACAUGUUAAUUGAGUUAGUAAGUGUUUUAAUUAAGUAGCCUGUUGAGAAGUUAUAUGCUUCAGACAAAUUCUUCCAGUAGUAAUUUGGUUACGAAGUUGAGAUCAAACAGCUAAUAAGCAUUUCCCCUUCAUUUGCAGUAAUUUAUUUUGUCCUUUAUUUAUUUCCUGCUGGAAAAGCUUUCUUCAUAUUCCUAAGUAGAUUGCAAAAAGCAUUUAAAUAAACCUCCAUCUAUGAAUUUAAAUUUUAGAAGUAUUUGUGAUGUAAUUUAGUACCUUUAUUAAGUGUUAGAAUAUUACAGAUAUACGUACUAGAUUACACUUUUUUCACAAAUUAUUUUAAAAUUGUAUACCUCACAGAUUAGUGAUAUACAAUUCAUUGAUGUAGAAUUUACAAAACCACUACCAUUAAUGUACUGACAAAAUACUGUAUCUAUUAACAUUGGAACUUAUUUCAUGAUUUGCUCCUGGAAAAAUGUGUUUUAGUAUGACUUGAGAAAACUCAGAAAUGCUUUCUUCUGUUACACCACUAAUUGAGGCCAGCUGCUGUACAACCUUUUUGUAAAACAAAAGAUACAAAAUUAAGAUCAUUUUUUUAAAGACAAUCUAUUUCUUAUCUUUGCUGCUAGGAAGGCAGUUCAGAUGCUUGAAUAUAGGACAAACAAAUUAUCUAACUGAUAUCUACUACAGUAUUGUAUAUAUAAUAAUUUGUAUUAUUUACUACCUUGAACCAGGGUGUAUAGUUCAGUAUAAUUGCACUUGUUCCAAUGACCCCAACAGCGAGAAGCAUGCAAUCUUCCUUUACAGACAAAAACUUUGCCCUAUGAUAAAGUAAAAUGUUAUUUGAUUUUGUAUUUAUGUUUUAAAGUGUAUAAGGAAACAUCUGGACUUCUUACACAAAUUAAAGAUGCACUUAAUUGUCAACCAAAA